AUGCCUGGGAAAACCACAAUCCUCGAGGAGCUGACCAAGCCAAACCCACUCGUGAAGAACAUGGCCAAAUGGGGCCCCAACUCGGCGAACAGUACUUGGGCAGCAGUCGAAGGCUGGACACAGUGGCAGGACUUCACUGCUGAGAGGUUGUACGCCAUCUUCUUUGACGUGGUUGAGUCUGAAUGGAACGUACGGAGCGAACUGCAUGCCUCGCCGACAGACUGGGAUAGCCAGGUCUUUGAUGAAGAUGGGCUCGAGCACGCGGUACUCAGCACGCAUCUUCUACCUCCGGUCAAUGCCGCUCUCCGACACGGUUUGCGAUAUGCCAAGCUCGACAAGAUGGCCAGCAUCAAUCUGGGUCGAGCUGGGCGGACAUAUUAUGAGCCUGGAGGGGACCGCCGGUUCAAGCCUGACUGGGCUCUCUGCUCCGGCAACCACAUUGAAACAUUCGCGGACAACAGUUUUCGCUACUACAGCCUCAUGCCAGGGGACAGCAAGCUUUCCAACAAGUGGCAUAGCUCAUUUUGCCAGGAAGCGGCCAAAUUUGCCACUUGGCGGGAUCCAGUACGACAGAUCCUCACAUACUGCAUUCAAUCUGGUUCUCGAUAUGGCUUCAUCAUCACGGACAAGGAGCUUGUUGUGAUACGAAUUCGUACCGAACCCACUGGAUCAGGUCUGGGAGCUUCUAGAUCUUCUCGUCAGCAGCCUCAACACUCCUACAACACCUCGACAAGCACCGACAUGUCAAUGCUUUCGACCAGCAUGCGAGAUGUGUCCAUCUCAGGCUCGUCGUGGAAGUCCACCAGUCCGGCGGUUGACGGGUAUCCCGUAGAAUAUCGAGCGAUCCCCUGGGAGAAUCAUGGGAGGGGCAAACGCCAGUUGACAGUCCGCCUAGCUCUUUUCUACCUGUCCUGGAUGGCAGCUCUUGGGCGUAAUGAGCCACAGCCUAGCUAUCCAAGCCUGGACUCGGCGUGGUUUAGCAUUGACGGGGCAUUUGUCCACAACACCACGGGUCUCGUAUCCAAGAAGAGUGUCAAGAAGGUGGAGUAUCCCGACCCGUCGGGGGGGAGAGGGCCGAGAUGGGAGACCAUUGAGGGCGACGAUGACGGUGAGUCCAUGCAAGUCCUCACAUUGGAGUCGGUCCUUACACUGGACGUCACGGAGCAUGGUGGGAGAAAUUAUUACUACUUCAUGGACGACGAGGAGCCCGUGCUCAUCACGAGCGGGAUUCCGAUUUAUGACAGUAGCGGACAGCAGUACGGAUACUUUGACGGGCUGGCGUGGAGGGUUGGAAGCCCACCGCAGCCUUCGGAGAACACGGCCAAGUCCAAGAGGAAGAAGCACCGAAAAUGA